AUGAAUACUGCACCGUAUCGUGAAACGCCGGGUUCUGUAACCCUUCAAUCGACUAGAACUAUGGAAUAUAGUCGACCUGUAUUAACAAAUAUUUGGCAUCAAAAACGUGAAGCAGAACCAAAAGAUAAUGAUAUUAAUAAAUUACCAGUUCGAAAUAUGCAUAUAUCAACUUACAAACAACUUGCAACCGAUGGAGAGACAAGUUUACCUAAUACAACAACAAAGGAUCAACAAGAACAACCAUUUCGUGAACGUGCAUGGUAUACUGAACAAGAAUAUCCUCGUAAAAUGAUCGAUCAAUAUAAUAUUAAUGUUGCAAAUGCUAGUUUGAAUGGAUUACUUUUAAAAGCAGAUCCACAAUUAUCUGGUAAAGUAUUACCAACACGAACUUCAUCUAUGCAUGAAUCAGCCACAUUAGAAACAACAUAUCAUGCUGAUUAUCUUCCACCAUAUCCAUAUGAAAUGAAAACUGUUACUCAUUCAGAAUAUUCCGAUAAAAGUUAUCCAAAAUAUCCAGAUAAAUCAUGGGGUCAUCGAAGAAUGGUUUCACAUUUUACUGAUUUAGAUCAGCCCAAACGAAGUGGUAUUAAUACAUUUCAUGUUCAACAUGCACAAUAUGAAAAUGAACAAUUACGUAGAGAAUUAGGACAUUUUAAACCUUCCCAAAUUUUAUAA